CACACGCCGGCUAAAGGACAACCUAGUGAAGGGGUGGCGGCUCCGGGGACUCCGGAAGCUCACCGUUCACCCGGAAAUGGUUGUUGAGGAACAUGGCGUUGCUGGUCCGAGUCCUUGGAAACCGGGUUAGCAUUUCCCAGUGGGUUCCAGUAUGCAGCCGAUUGGUACCUGUGCCUCCUAUGCAGGGACAGUGGGGCAGGGCUCUGUCUGGCACUUCUCAGUGGCCCCAGAUGAGCCAGUUCCUAGCAUGUGGUAGAUCAGAACAGAUUCCUGGGAUAGACAUACAGCUGAGUAGGAAGUCUCACACCACAAAUAAGCUUUCUGCUACCAAGGAUUCCCUGCAGCCUGUUGAGGAGAAGGUUGGUGCCUUCACAAAGAUAAUAGAAGCCAUGGGAUUCACAGGACCUUUGAAAUACAGUAAAUGGAAAAUUAAGAUUGCGGCCCUGCGCAUGUAUACUAGCUGUGUGGAGAAAACUGACUUCGAGGAAUUCUUUCUAAGGUGUCAGAUGCCUGAUACAUUCAAUUCAUGGUUUCUUAUAACUCUACUUCAUGUCUGGAUGUGUCUAGUCCGAAUGAAGCAGGAAGGCCGGAGUGGGAAAUACAUGUGUCGUAUCAUAGUUCAUUUUAUGUGGGAGGAUGUUGAGCAGCGUGGCAGAGUGAUGGGGGUUAAUUCCUAUAUCCUGAAGAAGAACAUGAUCCUUAUGACAAAUAAUUUCUAUGCAGCAAUCUUGGGAUAUGAUGAGGGGCUCCUUUCAGAUGAUCAUGGGCUGGCUGCUGCCCUCUGGAGAACCUUCUUCAACCAGAAAUGUGAAGACCCUCGACACCUUGAAUUGUUGGUGGAGUAUGUGAGGAAACAGAUGCAGUACCUGGACUCCAUGAAUGGUGAGGAUCUGCUUCUGACAGGGGAGGUGAGCUGGCGCCCUCUAGUGGAGAAGAAUCCUCAGAGCAUCCUGAAGCCCCAUGCCCCAAUUUAUAAUGACGAAGGUCUUUGAUGGGCUGGUCCCUCCAAACAGCUGCUCAUCUGGACUUGAGGAACUGCCAGGAGAGAGGUGCCUGUUUGGCCCAGGACUGUGCAGAAAGUGGCCUGAACUGACCUUUGAACAGCAUCUGUCAAAUAUAUGGCCCCAUUUGUGUUGAUUUUCCUCUUAGUACCCAGGAGUUUGAUCUGGUGGGGUACAGUGCUGGGAAAACCCUUGACUCUUAUAGGGUGUCCUCUCCCUCAAGAGAAGCCCUGAGAAAGAGCUCCCCAGCACCCAUUCCCCAAGUCCCCUCCAUCAACCAUGUGAUUGACAGCUUUUCCCAAAGGCCGCAGAAAGGAUGGGAAUAGGUUAGAAAGGGGCACCCCCACCAAGGGUCCACUGUGGCCUAGGAGUAAUGCUGCUGACCCCAGCAAGAUGAGUAACCAUGCUCUGUCCUCUGGCUCUGAGCUGUGGGCUUGAGUUGGCCAUUAAAAGAAACAGAGGGUUUAUCUCUGCCAUGGCUCUUCUUUAUUCCAGGGUCUUUUAGAAACUUAGGUAGUGGAUGCCAUAAGCUGAGGAGCACCGCUUGGCUCAGCUAGUGAUGGGGGGUCAGGAGGGUGUCAGGAGGGUCGCUACUGCUGCUUUUGCCUCCAAUUCAUGGACAUGUCACUGAUCUGACACAGACACAGCCUGCUAGGCUCUGUCGUCUGGGGCCCGGGAGGCUCCUGGUGUCAUUUGGAAAGAGGUCUCAAGAACAAAGGUCCCUUUGUCACCCCGUAUUGAACCAAGUGAGGAAUAUGCCCUUUUUCCUCUCUUGGCUCCUCCUUAUAUGAGAUACUGGGCAGAAGAAGAGAACAUUCUUCCUGGUUUAGUUGUACCAUCCCAGGACCCAGUCCCAUGCCCAGCUUUCUGUCCCCUUCCCAACUUCUGGAGCAUGUGCUGCAGAGCCACCUUGGUCUGAGCACUUGAGGACCAGUCUCUUCCUCUCUAUGAGUAUGGGUCAUCGCUUGGGGAAUUUUCUUUUAAAUUGGAGAAAGGAGGUGGGGAACCAAAAUGCCCCUCCCUCCCCCCAUCAAACUUCCUUCAUUUAACUUGCUAUAAAAUGAGUCAUAUAAAGAAACUCUAUAUGGGUGAGGUAUAGCCCACUUCUGUGAAAACAUUACAAAUCAAACCGCCUUCUCUGAGUUUACUUAAGAUGCUUUUGUUGCGAGCGGAGCUCUAGAGUGAAGCCUCCUCUGUGUGUGUGAGAUAAUAACACCUUGUAACUCAUUACAGCUGGGCACUAUUUACAUAAACCAGAGCUGAGCCAGGGAGGAAUUUGCUGAUUAAUUUAUUUUUAAUGGAGUGAAGUAUACCAUGCACCAAAAUAAACUUUACUGUGUGUACCUAACUGCCCCUGGAAUGGAUGGAAAAAUUAAUGGAACAGAUUUUGGCUCCCAACUCUACACAUUAAUUCAUAUAUAAAAGUUAUUUGAGCCUUAACCCAUUUGCUGCCCAGGGCAGCUCCCCAGCCACAGAUCCCAGCCCACAGCACCAGUUCAGCUACUGGGCUUGCUUUAGAAUCAUGAAGUCUCAAGAUUUGGAAGGAACUUUAAAGGUCAUUUAGUCCAGCCCUGGUCCAGAACUUGACUCCGUUUCUCAACAUUCCAGUUGGCCUAUGUGCAUACAGGCCCUAUAUGAACAUCUCCAGCAGCAGAUAGUCUCUUCCUGCAGAGCCAAGUCCUGUCUCCAUGAGAUGAGUAAUUGUAAAACACUGAAACUUAGAAUACGGAGGAGCCACGUUUCAAAAAGCCAAAUCGGAUGUAUCAUGUCUGUGAUGUCCCAAAGCCCUCACUUCCUGGCCGUCUGUGUCUUUCACUGCCCAACCCCCCUUCCCUUCUAGAUCAAAUCCAGACUUCUCAGAGGCUGCAAGGCUCUCUUAAUUUGACUCCUGCUUGUUUCUGUGAGUCUCUAACCCAUUUCUUCUCUGAGCAAACUGAACCACUGGGGUUACCUGAAGAGACUACCCUGUGUGUUUCCUCUACCUAUUAUCCUCUCCAUUCUUCUUCUGACUAAAGAAAUCCUGUGUGUCCUCAAAUACUUCCGCCCUAGGUGGUAUCCUCUGUGAAACUGUUUUACAUCCCUACCUCCAUCCUGCACUGGGAGCUCCUUCAGAGUGGGCACUGUGUUUGGGUCGUCACCUUUGUUUUUCCACUGCCCAGCAGAAUCCCUGGCUCAUGGUAGGCAUCAGUGUAAGCUUUGAUAAAUGAAAGAAGGAAUGAAUGACUAAGUCAUCAAUCACUAUCACUACAAGCCCAACAAAAAAGUCCCUGUCUGGACCUGUCUCUCAGCUUUGCCUACAGUUCAGCUUAUUUUAACAAUUCAGUAUGAAGUACCUCCUUUGGCCUUCCUUAGGAAUGAAAGCCAAAUGUGCUUUCUAUGGCUGAAUGCUUUUGUAUUGUAAAUUGUUGUUAUACAAAACAAAGGAAGGAUGUGGUUUCUUGCCCUCAGGGAGACUGCUCUCUAGGGAUAAUUUUGUCAUUUAUCUGUACUUGGUAUACUUCCAGAAGAGAUCGCGGCAAAUUAAGAGACACAGUUACAAUAAAACUGCAAAAUGAUUAAAACAACGUUUAAAAGAUAAGUUGUAACUAUUGGGAGGGAAGAGAGGGAAAAUAAUCAUGUUAGAAAACCUAGGCUGCUAAUAACCAACUUUCAUGUGACUUUUUGGGUCAUUUAUAAAGUAUUUUAGGUGCAUUCUCUCACAGCAGUCCUGUAAAAUAAGUAUUAUCCUCAUCCUUCUUAUUAUCCCCUUUACACAGGUGAGGGGACUCAGAGAGGCCUGGAGAGUUUUCCAGGGUAAGAAGAGGCCAAGAGUGCCUCAGCCACAUCUUCGCUCCCCGGGUGCUUGUUCUCCCCCAUCCCACACUGCCUCCCGCAGGCCAGCGAGGGAAUCUGCAACAGUAUAAAACGUCCCUCGGAGCUUCCUGGCAGCCAAAGGCAGAAACCAAAAGGUUAGGUAGUUUCCUUCCCAUUGGCACGGAAAAGGAAGUAGACUUAUUCAUUAGGAGAAACAAAUGUUUUCCUUACUCUUCAGAGAAGAAUGUAUUAUGGGGUUAUUUUUAAUGAGAAACACUGAACAAUGUAGUAAACAGUACCCGUAAGAUUUGUUUCACCUAAAAAUUUAAAAAUAAUAAAUAAUUGCUAUUUCUUA